AUGGCCUCACAGUUUGCUGGUUUGAGCUUCAUCGGAUCAUCAAGUAGGACCAAGGAUGAUGCUCAGAGGAUGAAAACACAGACAAAACCGCUUGUGGCAAAGAAACGGGCGGACACCGGCAAGAGUCCGUUAACACCGAAAGAUCCAAAAUCGCGCCAUGGUGAUAUCGGAGGAAAAAAUGUGAAAGGCGUUACCACCGGUGUUUCCACUGAGAAAGCCAUACCAAGUCGGUCGUACAUUAGUAUAUCUUCUGACAGUAGCAGUUCCGAUGACGAAGAAGAGGCAAGGGAAUAUAAAUGGGAGAAGGAGAUAGAUUUUGGAUACAUUUCAAGCAAGAAUGUUAUGCCUUUUCCUCGUGUAGUCACAAAGAAAUGGUUGCGUCGAAACCAGAAGUCGAUUAACCUAGUUGAUGGAGACAUGACAGCUUCAUGA